UUUUGGUUAUGUUUUGCAUCAAUUCUUAGAAAAUCGUCAACAAGAUGUUUGUUAAAAUGCUUAUUCUAGACACUAUUCUCAAUUUGGGAUUUUGGGUUCUGGAUUUGCCAAGGCUUACUCGAAGUGAUCGCUAAUAAUUGGCUAUGCUGGUUACAAAACUCAAAUCGUUGAUGAACAAUUAGAAAACCCCACCAAUGCUUUUGGGGGGGCGUUCCUUUUUCUGUUUAGGUUGUGCUGUGUUGAGUGAAAUUUAUGUUUAUUUACCUCCUAUAUUUGGCUGUUUUCAAUGUCGUAAAUUAAGGGAUGUAGCUGAGUUGUCUGCAGAUAAGACUAUCUUCUACGUCGGCUCGGUUUCACGGGUUUACAUGAACAAGUCAUAGGUGCCGCCGUUUGUUUUGAUUUCUUGAAUUCGUUUUCAAUUCAUUCCCACGCACCUCGUCCUUCAAUUCCUACACGCAUCUGCAGUGUUUAAUUAGGAGACUUUUUCAUUUUGCUUGAUGGGGGCCAAAAGUUCAAGGGAGGCCUCGUUCUAUCGCUCAACUUCUUCUUCUUCUCCUUCUUCUUCUUCGUGGGAUCGCGGUGGGUAUUCUCAUUCGUCAUACGGACAUGAAACCCCAAGUCAUAUGCCUCAGCAAUCGUAUUCUCAAUCUUCAUAUGGACAUGAGACCCCAAGUUAUAUGCCUCAGCCAACCUAUCCUUCCCAGCAGUAUUAUAAAUUCCCUCAAGAGGCCUAUGGGAACGUCGAUAAUGGCAGGAGAUUGGAUAGAAGAUACUCGAUGAUUGCUGAUGAUUACCAUUCGUUAGAAGAGGUUACACAGGCUCUUAGAGUUGCUGGCCUCGAGUCUUCCAAUCUUAUUGUUGGCAUUGAUUUCACCAAGAGCAAUGAGUGGACAGGUGCAAGGUCGUUUAAUAGACGGAGCCUACAUCAUAUUGGAGACCACCCAAAUCCUUAUCAACAGGCCAUAUCAAUUAUUGGAAAAACAUUGGCUGCUUUUGACGAUGAUAGCUUAAUUCCCUGCUUUGGAUUUGGAGAUGUAUCAACUCAUGAUCAAGAGGUCUUCAGUUUCUUCCCAGAUGAGGAGAAAGUUUGCAAUGGAUUUGAAGAAGUAUUGAGUCGUUACCAAGAAAUUGCCCCACAUCUACGACUUGCAGGACCGACUUCAUUUGCACCUGUUAUUGAAAUGGCCAUGACCAUUGUCGAGCAGAGUGGAGGUCAAUACCAUAUCUUGCUAAUAAUUGCAGAUGGACAGGUGACUAGAAGUGUAGAUACAGAACGCGGGACACUUAGUCCACAGGAACAAAAGACUGUUGAUGCCAUUGUUGAAGCAAGCAAGUUCCCUCUGUCAAUUGUUUUAGUUGGAGUUGGAGAUGGCCCCUGGGAUAUGAUGAGAGAAUUUGACGACAAUAUCCCAUCACGCGCAUUUGAUAAUUUUCAGUUUGUAAAUUUCUCAGAAAUUAUGUCGAAGAAUAUACCUACAUCUCGGAAAGAAACUGAGUUUGCUCUUGCUGCACUAAUGGAGAUUCCCUCCCAGUACAAGGCUACGAUGGAGCUUGGUGUUUUGGGUGAUCACAAAAGCGUGUCUCCUCAGAGAGUUGCACUUCCUCCACCAGUCUAUGGCGCAGCAGCUUCUUUUGGUAGUUCAAAAUCUUUCAGUAAUUCAAAGCCUACCUUGUCUUCCAGUUAUGAGCCAAGUGUGCCAUCUUUCCCCGAACGUGGAAAUCUUACUAGAACUAGUACAGCUCCUCCUAUAGCAAGCUCAACUUAUGAUAAUCAGCUCUGCCCCAUUUGCCUCAGCAAUCCAAAGGACAUGGCUUUUGGCUGUGGACACCAGACGUGUUGUGAAUGUGGACAAGACCUCCAGACAUGUCCCAUAUGUAGGAGCGCCAUUCACACCAGGAUAAAGCUUUACUGAAGCGUCUUGGUUUGCUGCUUUGUUGAAAUUCUUUGUAAUCUAUUCCUUAAUUUAUCCGAAAUCAUGUCCAAUCUCUGAAUGCAUCGGUUCAUAUGAGAUGUUUGGGUUAUGUUCUUCAUAUAUACUAUGCGAGUUGGCCAUUGAUUUGUGUAGUUAAGAAAAAUGAAGAACUUCCCAACCUAAUUUCGUA